GAAUCCAGGGGAGUGAGUUGAAAAUCUGAAAAUGCGGCCAUGGACUGGUUCCUGGCGUUGGAUUAUGCUCAUUCUUUUUGCCUGGGGGACCUUGCUAUUUUAUAUAGGUGGUCACUUGGUACGAGAUAAUGACCACCCUGAUCACUCUAGCCGAGAACUGUCCAAGAUUCUGGCAAAGCUUGAACGUUUAAAACAGCAGAAUGAAGACUUGAGGCGAAUGGCUGAAUCUCUCCGGAUACCAGAAGGUCCCAUUGAUCAGGGACCAGCUACAGGAAGGGUACGUGUUUUAGAAGAGCAACUUGUUAAGGCCAAAGAACAAAUUGAAAAUUACAAGAAACAAACCAGAAAUGGUCUGGGGAAGGAUCAUGAAAUCCUGAGAAGGAGGAUAGAAAAUGGAGCUAAAGAGCUCUGGUUUUUCCUACAGAGUGAACUGAAGAAAUUAAAGAACUUAGAAGGAAAUGAACUCCAAAGAUACACAGAUCAAUUUCUUUUGGAUUUAGGACAUCAUGAAAGAUGUAGUUCAGUUGAACUAAUAGUUAUUGAGCAUUUACUCUUUGCAAGAGAUGGCUGGAGAUAUUAUGUCCAGUUUAUAUUGACUAAAUGUUUUCAUUUGUUGAUUUAUCCUUUUUCUGGAAUGGUUUUGGUCAGUGGUAACUCUGGGCAGAAUCCCAAGGACUGCAGCAAAGCCAAGAAGCUGGUGUGUAAUAUCAACAAAGGCUGUGGCUAUGGCUGUCAACUCCAUCAUGUGGUCUACUGCUUCAUGAUUGCAUAUGGCACUCAGCGAACACUCAUCUUGGAAUCUCAGAAUUGGCGCUAUGCCACUGGUGGAUGGGAGACUGUGUUUAGACCUGUAAGUGAGACGUGCACAGACAGAUCUGGCAUCUCCACUGGACACUGGUCAGGUGAAGUGAAAGACAAAAAUGUUCAAGUGGUCGAGCUCCCUAUCGUAGACAGUCUUCAUCCGCGCCCUCCCUAUCUACCCUUGGCUGUACCAGAAGACCUCGCAGAUCGACUUGUACGUGUCCAUGGCGAUCCUGCAGUGUGGUGGGUGUCCCAGUUUGUCAAAUAUUUGAUCCGCCCACAACCUUGGCUAGAAAAGGAAAUAGAAGAGGCCACCAAGAAGCUUGGCUUCAAACAUCCAGUUAUUGGAGUGCAUGUUAGACGCACAGACAAAGUGGGAACAGAAGCUGCCUUCCAUCCCAUUGAGGAAUACAUGGUGCAUGUUGAAGAACAUUUUCAGCUUCUUGCACGCAGAAUGCAAGUGGACAAAAAAAGAGUGUAUUUGGCCACGGAUGACCCUUCUUUAUUAAAGGAAGCCAAAACAAAGUACCCCAAUUAUGAAUUUAUUAGUGAUAAUUCUAUCUCUUGGUCAGCUGGACUACAUAAUCGAUAUACAGAAAAUUCACUUCGGGGUGUGAUCCUGGAUAUACAUUUUCUGUCUCAGGCAGACUUCUUAGUGUGUACUUUUUCGUCCCAGGUCUGUCGAGUUGCUUAUGAAAUCAUGCAAACACUGCACCCUGAUGCCUCUGCAAACUUCCAUUCUUUAGAUGAUAUCUACUAUUUUGGGGGCCAAAAUGCCCACAACCAAAUUGCCAUUUAUCCUCAUGAACCUCGAACUUCUGAUGAAAUCCCCAUGGAACCUGGAGAUAUUAUUGGUGUGGCUGGAAAUCACUGGGAUGGCUAUUCUAAAGGUGUCAACAGAAAACUGGGAAGGACGGGCCUAUAUCCCUCCUACAAAGUCCGAGAGAAGAUAGAAACUGUCAAGUACCCUACAUAUCCUGAGGCUGAGAAAUAAAGUUCAAAUGGAAGAGAUGGACAACCAAACUCAG